AUAUUUCAUUUAGAAUAGAUUAAUGGCAAUAACAAUUGACAUCAACUAAACCAUCACCCACCGACAACCACGCUCCACAUAAAUUAAGCGGAAUUCCACUUAUCGCCAAAGAGCAGGAGAGCCCACGUCGCUCUUUAAGCGUAAAUACCACCGCCAACUUUAUCAACGCCGCACAUUCAAAUUGAACGCGCUGUGCUGACGUGGUUUUAGAAUUCCUUUGGCUUUAAUUGUUAAUUAGUUUAAAGAAAUAUGCUAACGAAGACGUUAAUCCUGCUUGGCCUGCUGGCUUUGGCCCAGGGAUACAGCUUCACUUCGAGGGAGGUCAAGUGCCAUGUGUGCAAGGCCACCGUGGCAGAGCUGGAGGAAGCUAUUGCCAAGGAAGACGCCAACAAGAUGGCCGAUGUGAGUGGAUUUCGACUGGAUGCCCACGGAAAUACGGUCAGCAAACGAGUGCGAUUCAUCAAAUCCGAGAUGUUCCUUACCGAGCUGAUGGAGAAGAUUUGUGAACGGAUGGACGAUUAUCUGAAAGCUACCUACAAAAGCAAUGGCAAGUUCACUCUCCUCAAGAUGAUCAUUAAUGGCCAAAUGAAUCCAGACUCCUCGUUGGUCGACUUCGUUCAGGAUGGUGAUCUUAACAAGAGCCUGGGACAUUUUUGCAAUGAAGUAUUAGAUGACAAUGACGAGAUAUUCCUGAAGGCCUUCCAGGCCGAAGAUCUGGGCAACGAUUUGGACAUUAAAAUCUGUUCUGAACAGGCCAAAUAUUGUGAUGAAUCGCCCAUCCAGGAGGAAUACGACUUCGAUGGCAAGGAGGAGCUGUAAAUUUCCCAGUGAUACUCUAGUCAAUUAACGAAUUUUGUUGAUCACCACCAGUGCUGAUCGUUGUACUGAUCCGUCGAACUAAAUUUAUGCUUAGCUAAACUAAAAGACAAACACCAACCAUGCCAAUCAAACAAUUAGAUAUGACAAUAAAUUCCAAGUGCAAUGCCA